AUGUCAAACGCCAUUGAAUUCUUCCCUCUCAACACCGGAGCCAAGAUCCCUUCCGUCGGUCUGGGAACUUGGCAGUCAGAUCCCGGCCUCGUUGGUCAAGCCGUUGCUGCCGCCAUCAAGGCUGGUUAUCGUCACAUUGAUUGUGCUCAAGUUUAUGGCAACGAGAAGGAGAUUGGCUCUGUAUUGAAGAAACUAUUUGAUGAUGGCGUUGUGAAACGUGAAGAUUUGUGGAUUACCUCGAAACUCUGGAAUACUGAUCAUGCUCCAGAGGAUGUACCGCUAGCAUUGGAUAGGACUUUAGCAGACUUACAGCUUGAUUAUGUUGAUUUGUAUCUUAUCCACUGGCCCGCUCCGAUGAAGAAAGGAUCAGUAGGUUUCAAGCCUGAAAAUCUUGUGCAACCUAAUAUUACCAGCACAUGGAGGGCAAUGGAAUCACUCUAUGACUCUGGCAAGGCUCGGGCUAUAGGUGUAAGCAAUUUCUCGACCAAGAAGUUGGGGGAUUUGCUGGAGGUUGCUCGUGUUCCUCCAGCUGUCAAUCAAGUUGAGUGUCAUCCUUCUUGGAGGCAGGGCAAGCUGAAGGAUUUUUGCAAUUUGAAAGGUGUCCACCUCACUGGAUAUUCACCUUUGGGUUCCCCUGGAACCACCUGGCUUAAAAGUGAUGUUCUUAACCAUCCGACUCUAAAGGUGAUAGCGGAGAAACUAGGCAAGACUCCUGCACAGGUAGCUCUUCGUUGGGGAUUGCAAAUGGGUCAUAGUGUGCUUCCCAAGAGUACACAUGAAACAAGGAUAAAAGAAAACUUUGAUGUUUUUGAUUGGUCUAUACCUGCAGACUUGUUAGCUAAAUUUUCUGAGAUUGAACAGGCAAGAUUACUCCGGGGUGCCUCAUUUGUUCAUGAAACUUAUGGUGGCUACAGAUCUGUUGAAGAAUUAUGGGAUGGUGAAAUCUAA